AUGGAAUCUUUGAGUAAAGAUUUAUUAUUGGAGUUAUUUGAUUACCUCGACGCUGAUUCCCUGCUUGCUAUUUCCGAAGUCAAAUCAUCAUGGAAAAAACUUAUAAUCAAUUCAUCGUCUACAAUGAGAAAAUUUCCAUCGGUUUUAAGCGCAACAAAAAGGAAACUUCCCUCAGGAGAUUAUCGAGAUGAGUUUAUUCCUGUUAUCAAAUCACCCAUCAUAGGACAACUUCAUACAUUGAUAAUAGAUCAAAUGAUAUUGUCGACAAACUAUGACAGCGGCGAUUUUGAAUAUCACAAAAGGUCAUUACGGCAGGUGGAGAUUAUCAACAGUCGAAUCACACAUUCAAGCUUUCAACGUUUGUUCUCUGAUUGUCCAUUAUUAAGCGAUCUUUUGGUGUUUUCAUCUUCAUUUCCUGGCCCUGCUAAAAUUCUUACUAAAUUACCAAAUCUGAAAGCAAUCAAAGUGACAUCAGACAAUUUUACUAUAUUCAAAACAAUUCAGCCAUCUGCAAGUAUUCAAACGAUUCAAAUUCUUGGAGUUGCUGGAAGACAUCCUUAUCAACCCAGAAAAGAACCACAGUCGUAUGUAAAUUUUCUCAUGAACUGUUCAGGACUCAAAACAUUGUCGACAAUGAUUUUUUCUAAAAGCUUUUUGAACGAACAAAGCGAUUUUCCUUUCAAACUGAAUCAAUUAAGCUUGGAAUACAUUUCUGAGAAUAAUCCACAUUCAGAACAAAUCGCUGAAUUCCUUCGCAAACAAAAGUCAUCUUUGAAAGAAUUAGAAAUAAAUGCAAGCGAUGAAGUUGUGUUGAAAUGCAUUCUCUUCGAAAUGCAAUUGGAAACACUUCGACUCGGAAUCAAUCGCUUACCACAAGAAAUCAAUUUCUUUGACUGGAAUCCACCGAAUAAAUUUCUGAAGAAGCUUGCAAUGUAUGGAAAAAUACCAGAUCUGAAUCGAAUCAAACGAUUGAUUUCAAAUUAUCCUGCUAUCGAGACAUUGCUUUUCUAUGAACAGUAUCGAGUGACAGAACCGAUCAUCGGAGAUUUUAUCUCACAUUUAUCCUUCAAACUUCCUAAUCUCAAACACUUGCGUCUUCCUUCGAUUCGAGGAACGAUAGCUCCAACAGCUCAUUUCAACAAUUUAAAAACACUGCAUGUAGCAAAGAUAAAUAACAUGGAGGAAGGUGCAAAUUGGAUGCUCUUAACUGCUUAUAGUCCCAACAUACAAAAGCUUGCGAUCGGACGAGUUGAAAAUUUAUUCCUUUCAAAUGGAAGAUUGGAAGUUGUGCUUUCAAGGUUGCCAAAUCUACAAGAACUGUGCUUGGGAUCAGUCUUUGAUAUAGACGAACAAGCUUACAACAUCAUCAAUACAUCCGCAAGAAAUCUCCGCAAACUCACCGUCUUCACAGAUGAUGAAAAAUCCAAAACAAUCAUUCAUAGAAUUAUGAAUCGUGGCCUCAAAUGUUUCCUUUAUCCAGUAGAAUCCUAUGAAUACUAUGAUCAAGAAGUGUCUGAAGUCAUAAAUGGUACUUACAAAGCAAUUAAUGAAGGAAGAAUUGGCGACACUCAUCUCUGCUCAGGUAUGGUGUUAGAAGAUCAUGAAAUAUCCUUUUGCACGUUGUCAUUUCUUCAUUCUUUACAGUCGAAAUUAGUCGUUCGAACCUUUAAGAUGGAAUUUCUCAGCGAUGAUCUUUUAUUGGAAAUUUUCUCCUAUCUCGACAAAGCAUCACUCAAGGCUCUCAUGAAAGUGAAACCAUCAUGGUCUCAUCUUAUAACAAACUCAGGAACCACAAUGCAGAAAUUUCCAGCUGUGUUGGUUCCCAAAGGUGAGAAUGAGGAAAAAGGUCUUGCAAAAUUCAACCUGAGUGUUAGAGGACAACUUCAUACUUUAGAUGUUUUCAUGACUCGAAUACGUUUGCCAUUCACAAACAAAGAAUUUGAAGAGCAAUUGAAAACAUUGAGGAGAAUAUUUAUAGUGCGAAGUUCAUGGACACAAGAAGCUUUCUGCAGCCUCUUCAGAAACUGUGAGCUUUUGACGGAUCUGAAAUUGACGAUUAAUCAUAUUUGUUACCCUUAUCGUGACGGAAAAGAAGCUGACAUUAAUGUUUCGGUGCCAAAUCUCAAGAAUUUGGAAAUUGAAGGUCUGGUUGAUUGGAGUGUCUUUAAACUACUCAAACCAAGUGCAAAAAUGCAAUCAAUUAAAAUUUCGAACGAUUCAGUGAUGACAAGUGCAGAAGAAAAUUUCUUUGAAAGGUUUUUGAUGGAAUGUCCAGGAUUGAAAACAUUUGCGCCGACGGUCUUUGUCAACACUUUCUUGAAUGAAAAAGGAUUCGUUUAUCCUUUCAGACUGGAAAAGUUUUGUUUCGAAUAUCCAUCUCAUCCCAAAAUGAAUGUAAAUGAAUUGGUCGAUUUUCUUCGCCAACAAAAGUCAACGUUGAAGGAAUUGGAAUUAAGAAAUCCACAAGACGAUUUGGUUUUCAACUGUAUUGUCAAUGAAUUGAAGUUGGAAACUUUUCGUGUUGGGUCCAGUUAUCUGCCUCGGGUUCUUCACUGCCUUGACAGAAACUCAAAAAAUUUAUAUCUGAAGAACUUGAUAUUUUAUGGAAAUGUUUCUAGAAUUGAAAGUGUGAAACAAUUAAUUUCACAUUAUCCAGCCAUCGAAACUUUAAAGUUUUAUAUGAACUACGAUUUUGGACUUCAUCGAAAACAUAGACGACGAGAAAGGUUUGGCAAUGUUUGCGAGAUUCUCAUACACAUCUCGGAAAACCUUAAAAAUCUCAAGCAUUUACGAAUUCCAUCACUUGAAACAUGCAUUUAUGGCAUGCCAAUUAAAAUUGAUAGUUUGGAAUCGUUGCACAUCAACAGAAUAAAGAACGACUACGGUACACAUCACUUGAUGAUCUUAUCGGCUUCUUGCAAAAACAUUAAGAAACUCACAAUAGAGAAAGCCUCCCAUUACACGAUUCCUGAAGAGUUGCUAUACAUGAUAUUGACAAACUUGAAAGAUUUAAGAGAAUUGUGUUUGGGAUUAGGCUACAGAAUGGAUCAAGAUAUUUUCGACAUCAUAAAAGCAAAAUCGAAGAAUUUAAAGAAACUGACAAUUUUCGCUGAAGAUAUGACAGCUGACAUUGUCAAGGCGAAUAAUCUUGAGAUUCCUGGAUUGAAUUCUUAUAUUUAUAAGUCUCAUAGAUUGAGUGCUGCAGAUCUACUUGAUGAUGUCGAUAAUCUCAUUUACAAUGAUACUUUCGAUUUCUUUUCGUAUGUAAGCAACCGUGAAUCUAAUGAAGUUUUCUCCAGAGAAAAUAGACGUGACCCUAUCGAUGCACUGCCAAUGGAACGAUUGUGUCUUUCGCAAAUAGUGAACAGAAUAUUUCACAGACAAUAA